ACGUAUAACGACAAACGAAGAUGCCUUGCUCCUGGCUUCUGCUUUCUUGGCUAGUUUCCUUAGUGAUAACAACAGUCAUCUCUACUGACACCACUACUGAUAUCACAACAACAACUGCAAGCAACAGCUACAGCCCAACUACAGUGGCAUCAGCAACAUCCUCAACUACUAUGGGCAGCACCACUCAGACAACCAAUACUUCCAUGUCAAAUGUGGUAAACAGUGGGAUGACUACAGUUACUAGUGCAAACUCAAGUAAUACUUCACCUACAGUUACUAGUGGAAACUCAAGUAAUAGUACACCUACAGUUACUAGUGGAAACUCAAGUAAUAGUACACCUACAGUUACUAGUGGAAACUCAAGUAAUAGUACACCUACAGUUACUAGUGGAAACUCAAGUAAUAGUACACCUACAGUUACUAGUGGAAACUCAAGUAAUAUUACAACUUCAGUUGCUGAUGGAAUCUCAAGUAAUAUUACAACUUCAGUAUCUACUACUUUAACACAGGCAGUCCAGAAUGAUAUCACAUCCAAAACAUCUUCCAAACCAGCACCAAAUAGGGCUUCUCAGGAUAUCUUACCCCCAGCCCUUUCCUUUUUUUUAGGUUUUGUGCCUCUUCUAUGCAUUCAACUUGACUGGCUACAUUUACAUAGUGGCUACUGAGAGACAAAGGACUAAGUCAGAAAUAGGUGGCUAUAUACAGCAUUUCUUGGCAAGUGAAACGCAGAAACAUACUAGUCAUACUGAUGUAGCAGAGUAAUUCCACUUCUGAAAUUAUUUUGGUGUUUUCUGUAAACAUUUUGCAGAAUUCAAACAAAAAAUAUUCUGUCAGAGACCAGAUAAUUACAUUUUACUGACUGUAUAACCCAUCACUGAUUAGCUUUCAGUUUUGCAGAAAAUGAGUUUAGAGUUUAUGUAAACUGACAACCAUUGUUCAUGGCUAAUAUUCACUGAUAACCUGCUAACUUUAUGCUUGUAAUAGAAUUCCACAAAGGUGAGUAAAAUUCCCAGGAUUCCAAAGGCCCACAGCUAUAAAAGAAUUUACAAAAUUUAAAGAAUUUUAAAUUAAAUAUACAUAUAUAUUCUUUACAGGACAAUUAUAAAUUGACAUACUGUGUAUACACAUAAGGGAAGGGUUUUCUUUUCUGCCUUUUAAUUCAUUUUGCAAGAGAAGGUGUUGUAAACAGAAAGGCCAAACACCAGGGAUAACUAAGCAUCCAGAAAGUGUAUUAUAUUUAUUUGGUGCACCACUUUGUAGGACGUAAAAAAAUUUUCAGUGCAAUAAGGUUCUUGAUUAUUAUUUUUUUCAUGUUGUUGUAACAAUAAACUUACUUGCAAUCACAUUUUUUAACUAGCAGGAUGAGGGUUCUAGUCUCAGUAUGAAUGAAAGUCACACCUACAACACUGGAAUCUAAGUAAAGCAUAAAUGGGAGCUGCACUAAUAUCAGGGUAUGCUGUAUCGUUUAGAGGCUUUUUCUAAAUGUACUGGUACUGUCUUGGUGAUUGUAAAAGCAC